AUGGGUUUCCUCCUGUGUGGUCGGUUUCGAAAGCUCAGGAGAUUUACUUCUCCCUCCGAGUGUUCGCCGUCUCCCUCCUUCAUGCCAGCAGAGUCUUCCCCCCUGCGACAUGACUGCCAACAGGGACCCUCCUCAACCGAACACUCACAACCUCCCAUUCAGAAUGAGCACUCCUCGCACUCCUCAAGUGGCUGGCCAGGCAAACUCCGCAGACGGCUGUCCUCUCGAGACUCUAAACGAUUGCAUCUUAUUCCAAAGCGAACCGAUAGGUCGACAGAAAUAUCGCUUCUUUCGCUAUCCCGGAACUUGGACGUCCUUGCAGACCCAGUUGCUGCUGAUGACGUCGGGAGCAGUUUGAUGAGCGAGAGAGGAUACGACAGCGAUGCACAAGGCAUAUCAACCCCCGCGCAUACAGCUCCCAUCACGGAUCGUCCCCCUACUGCAGCGAGUCUCGAGCGAGCUAUAUCGUCACUGGAGAAGCCCUAUCAGGGUGCAGGAACGGGUUACACAAGCGGUCAGCCCCAGGAGCUGAGACCAGAAGAUGAGCGACGCGAGAUAAGCGAUACACGUUCGGCACUGGCUCGUCCGGCUUAUGUACGUCACAUUCCGCAACAACUCCACUGCUCAACAGAUAUCGCAAAGGGUGCGGCACACCGAGUCCCCAGUCCUCUUGCAAAUGUGACCAACCUCUCCAUCCACGACAAAGAGGCAGAUACAUCCAGACCCCUUUCCAUAUCUGAGCAAUCGGCGAAGUCUGCAACGACUGAUCAUGGGGUGUUAUCGCUUCCGACAUCCAUCAAUGGCGGCCGUGGUCGAUUCUACGCCACCGUGGCUCAACAUGGUCUCCAAGCCGCACAGGCAUCCUAUGAAAGAUCUUCGGAGUCAUUGGCUGGAAAGAACUCAGAGAUUGCCGUCGCGAAAAGACAUCAUCGAGGAUCAUCCGCAGAAGCCCGCUCGAUUCACUUGGGUGACAUGAACAUCUCUAAGGCCCUGGCCUCCACUUCAACAUCCCCUCGCAUUCUAUCCCAGAAUCCGUCCGUCGAUGAGAAUGGGCAAAACAAUGGAUACAGCAUACGAAGCCUGUCGGAUCACUAUCAUGAUUGCGUCGUCCAGCGAAGUGCAAAUACACCAUCGUUGGGUCAGAAUGGAUUGAAUGGGUUCGAUUUCGGACUAGCUCAUAAGAGAGAUGCGUCUUCGUUCUAUUCGCCCAAAUCUAGUAUUUCAUCUGCCGGGAUUCCCGCAAGCUAUCGAUAUUCGAGUCUGACAGCGAACACCAGCAGUCUCCUCGGGUCUGAAAGAGGGCCUUCAGGUGGCGGAUAUGAGUACGCGCCUGCAGCACAACCAUACACAGACAUGAGCGUAGUAAUUGAUUCUAAUGCUGCCGGCAGCGAAUCCGGAGCUCAGACUGAUGCAUUAACAAGCAAGUUCGUCGAGCAGUUUGGGAUAAGUCCACCGGUGGGAUCGCCCCGGUCUGUUUCCAAUGAAGCCCUACCGCCUCGCAAUAUAAGUGUAGGCUGGAUGUCUGGAGGCCGACGGGUUGGGUACGGAUAUUCGUUAGUGGCAAAAGAUGAGACUGAGAAUCAAAAGACCCCAGCCGAUUCAAGCCCUCCUGAAGAUAGCGGGAACAAUGGCAUGGCAAACGGAGGGACGGAAGAAGAGAACACUGAGAACCAAGACCAGGACCCUGACCGGCAAGCUAGCAUGGUGCUAUCGGCACUUGACGAGCCGUCCGUCUCGAACAACGACCUCCCAAACUCCGUGAAUCCCCAGGCGCUGCGGCGUUGGUCUGGAGCAACUGCACUUGUAAGAGCAACAGAUUCCAGUGAGUCGAUAAACCGGAGCUCCACGGCUUCUUCCUUCUGGGAAUGGUUCACGAGUCGACGAAUAAACCAGGAUGAAACAGGCGAAAAGGUUAGCGGAAAGGUCGGGUCUGAUCAAGGACAAUCCCAAGACGUGGAAGAAGGCCCAAAGAACUCUCCUGUGUUCAGAAACAGAUACAGCGAACUUUUCGAUGAGGGUUCGAGAAUGCGCUUCACACUAGGUUCAAAUGCAAACCAAUGCAGUGCCACCAACGACAGCAAUGAAUCAGUCAUGCAAACGCCGUCAAACAUGAGUCGAUUCGGCAGUCUCCCGACGAAGCGACCGAGGGUUAGAUUCAGGGUUCUGAAUCGCAGCAAAAAGCGCGACACCAGCAGCAGCGCAGAUUUUCCCUCCGUAUUCCCCGUCAAGCGUUCGCUUUGGAGGCGCAACUCGGAAACUCUAGGUGUUCACGGCCGUUUGGUAGACCCAGGACCAGGUCGAUACCGCCCCAAACAUUCGAAAAGAUUCAGCCCAGAUGGCGCUGAAGAUGACCAUGAAUCUCUGGAAAUGCAUUCGAACCCUGAGUGA